CGGCACUCACGUUCCGCAAGUGUACCGCGCGCGCGCCUUUAUCUUGCCUCACUAAAUCGUCCUUUUGAGUUUGCCCGAUCGAACCUCCUGUUAUUCAUUGUCGCGAUAAACGUCGCGAAUAUCGAGCAACGCUCGCGUUUCAUCCGUGAACGAGCAACCGAAUUUUAGUGUUCGCGCGCGAAUGCUCGCUCGACGAUCAGGGGCUCGUGUGCCCGAUUCCUGAAUUAAUCCCAUCGACCUCUAAUCGAUCGAGGAUCGUUUGGACCGCGUCAUCCGGUAAACGGAUCACGACCGCCAUGUUCUUUAUCCGUGUACGUUUCAUCGAUCAGUGAAAAAAGUUUCUUUUUCGUGCGCGUUCUGAUUCUCGAUAAUAAUUUCACUUGGCACCAAGUUUAUCGAUUUUUUAUCGAUCGGAAAUCAGCUACGGAAUCGAAUUCCGACGUUCUUUCGUGAAUGUUUUGUUUUUUUUUUCCAUUCGUGUGUUUUCUCCCGAACGAGUUCGACAUUUUUUUCCGGUAAAACAAGAACAGGUUGAAAAGUACUACGCAGAUGUGUGUUGUGAGAUUCCGUCGAGAUAGACAUGCAUUCAACGAGUGAUGAUCAGUGGUGCUGGUGGCAUCUUGUCAUUGUUUGUGCUUCAUUUCCAAAAUUGUACCUGUCUCGUGCCUCUUCAACAACGGUGAGAAGGCUGGUAAAGUGGAACGAGAGAAGUUGCAGCGAUCAACCGCUUAAACAUUACGGCGAGGCGAUGAAACACGGAGGCUAGACAGGCGGAUUACCGUGCGAUUAAUGCGCCCUAUGACGCUCGUUUAAUGGCCCAUGCUCGGACCGUGUGAUGAACGCGAACGAGUGCACGAUUUCCCUCGGAGGUUGAAUUAAAUGGACAGGCAGGAAGAACCCAUUUGUACGCCCAUUUGUACCGAUUGUUCGCGACAACGUGCAAGGACACAAGCCGAGAACAUAAACUGUAAAAAACACGUAUCGAACGGUACCCGGCAGGUACUCGGUGCCAUCGCGCCGUUUCUUUCUUCGUCUUUCCACGAUUUUCACAACGUUGUUGGAGAUUCGUUCGCACAGCGAGAAACGAUCACGGUCGAUUUCUCGCGCAAACUUUGAACGAAUGGUCCUGUUUCUCGCGAUUGCAAGAUCGAGGAAAACGCGAGUCGGCCUGUAAUUUGUCGGCGACCGGCUAAAGCGGCACAAUUGUCUCGAAUUACGAUCGAUGCGAAUCCCGAUCGAAGGAUAUAGCGAAGAGAUAUAAUAGCGGUUUCCGCGUGCAAAAGAGCUUAAUCCCCGGGAGGCCGAUCGUCGCGCGAUAUUAAAACUUCGGGGGAUCGAAAUUACAGCCACUGUCGAUAAAAGCUUACAAAUAGAUUCGAAAGAAUCGAUAAUGCACGCGUGGAAAUCCUGGCUCGAAGCAAGCCACGUGCACGACGAAUAAUACGAUCCCUCCUCGAAUCCACGUCUUCUCGAUCACCAAGGGAGAAGCACCAGAUAGAUUCGUAAAAUCCUUAUCUACCUACGCUGUGUUCGCGUCGUCACGUCGCAUUCUUUCUUCGCCAUUAACGUUGCUUUCUCCAACGACGCCACGUCUGACAGCGAAUCGGUGAUCGUCGCGUAUUUCGGGACUAUUCCUUCGCGCGACCAGCGAAUCCAAAGAGUGGAAGACAAAAUCGAUUGGAGAUCAGUUAUGAUUCUGGAUGCUAGCUUGCACACGGAACGCAGAUAAGCUGGGGCAAAAGGAUGAAAGUGAGAUGGGUGUAUCCGAGUCCUGAUUACAUCGAAUGAUACCACGAUCUCUGUGAGUAACUGUUAAAGAGAUCGAAGUGUUUUCACGUUCGUCGUAGCUGUUGUUCGAGGGGCGAGGAAGGAUCAGCGCAGAGACAGGAAAGAAAGAAAGAUCGACAGUAUGAAGGAUCGUCGUGGAAGAUGGCUGUACGCCGUGCUGCCUCUCGUCACGUUCCUCUCGCACCAAAUAGAGUGCACAGCGAAGAGCGGAGGAUCGGUGGUGGAGCACCAUUCGUCUUCUUACUGGGAGCAACCCUUUAGCCAGCCUUACUUCGACAACACAACGAAGAGGGAUACCACGACGACCGUCGGACAAACCGCUUUCCUGCACUGCAGGGUGCGCAAUCUUGGUGAUCGUGCUGUUUCGUGGAUCAGGAAACGAGAUCUGCACAUUCUCACCGUAGGAAUCUUAACCUACACGAACGACCAGCGUUUCCAGUCGUUACACAGAGACGGAUCUGACGAAUGGACCUUGAGGAUUAGUUCACCGCAAGUUCGCGAUAGCGGAACAUACGAGUGUCAGGUUUCAACCGAAUCGAAAAUCAGCCAAGCUUUUAACUUGAGCGUCGUAGUGUCGAAGGCAAAGAUCAACGGUAACUCGGAGCUGUACAUCAAGAGCGGAAGCGACAUCAAUCUAACCUGCAUAGUAUUGCAGACACCUGAGCCGCCGUCAUUCAUUUAUUGGUAUAAGGGUGAUCACGUGGUAAAUUACAGUCAAAGGGGAGGUAUCAACGUAGUCACUGAGAAGCAAACGCGAACGUCGCGUCUCUUGAUAUCAAAGGCGUUACCUGCUGAUUCUGGGAAUUACACAUGUGCCCCGUCUGCGGCCGAGUCAGCCAGUGUUCUAGUCCACGUACUCAAUGGUGGGAGAACAUCCAGCGGCGAUGCAACACGGCAACUCGAGCAACAGCGGCGCGGCAACGAGAACGCUCGCGUUGCUCCUGUUGCUUCUGCACGCCGGUUCGUUCGCGAGGUGACUGGUCGAUCACGAAGCCUUCCUCCAAUAAGGACAUGAGCAAACAUCGCUUUUCCUUUACGUAAUCGAACAGAGGCAAAAGACGAAGAAGAGAAAAAGGGAAGCGAGCGAGACCGAGGAAAGAAGCGUCGUCUUUACCAGCAGCAACCACCUUCAACCCUUUAUAUAUCACCCUCGAUCUUGCUUUUAACCGAACAGCGACGAGAAAGCAGCCAGACCAGCGACCAUCAAAGAGACUCCUAACGAACGAAAGCUCCAGUGUAUCGGGCAUCUAGUGACCCAGUGGAACUGACUCCUCGCUGCUUCUGCUCUCCGUGGAUGUAUCGAUCAUUUUAGCUGGUGCAAAUCGUUUCCAUCUGGGGAAUAGUAAAUCUACGAUGUCUCGCAGACCGAUCGCUCGGAAGUGGCCACUUUCCGUUUCUCUUUUGAUAUCCGUAGAUGUUUCGAGUCGAUCACGACGACGCGACGCGAGUGAAACAGUUUUUCAGUGGUGGUACUUUGUCCGAGAAGACGUUGAGUCAGUUCGCUUGUAACGCGGCGCGUACAAACUCGCGGACGUGAUUCUCCUUUCAUUUCGUGCAGCAGCAAGAGGGGAAACGAGUCGAGCGAAAUCUCGAGAAGAGGACUCGACACAUGUAAAUGGCUAUUUAGUAUGAUGCAGUUGGACUCGGUGCGAUCCAAGGAACUCUUAGCGUCAGCGAUAAUCAAGGAUCUGCGCGGCUCGUUCUCGUAAUUAACGAGUACAACGAGUAACUGCCAAGUUGGAUCACUGCCACGUUCUUUCGGUAACGUUCCUUGCUAUUGCCGUGUUGCGAAACGAAACGAAACGAAACGAAACGGAACAAAACGAAAUGAAACGCGCACGCCCUUUAAAUCGUUCCGCAUUAGCGAACGAUGGCGAAGUUGUGCUUUAAAAAGUGCGACGAACAGCGUCGAGUUUGUCAUUAGAACAAAUGCAGAGAGCUCUGUACUCGAACGAUACCCAGAGGAGACGAACUUUUGUUCCAGAACAUGUUCGCGUACCGAUCGAUUCCAGUCUCGUUAGAUUCGUAAUACAAAAGACCUUGUCCGAUGGAGAAUAUUCUCGACUCGUGGAACUUGGAUUAUUAAACCUUCGGAACGCACAUAGAGAUCUUGCUUUGUAUUUUUCUUCGAGACGCGUUCUUACUGUUACGCCAUAGGGUUCUUUCAGUCAAACACCUCGUCUUUGAUGGGAACCAUUCAGAAAAAUGAAGCACGGAACACCGUGUUUUUUUAUUCGUAACAGGUUUAAAGUCUACGAUUAAAUAUUUUUUUAAUCAAACCGCACGUUUCAUUUCAUGGCGAGAGCGAAGUAAAAUUAGGGAGUUAACGCUCUAACUGCCUCUCUCUCUCUCUCUCUCUAUCUAUCUAUCUCUUUUUCUCCCUCAAACACACAUACUUACACACGAUUAAUCGCAACUGGCAAUAUUUCUCGAUGGGACGUUUUUUGCAAGAAACUCGGUCAAAUUCGCGAUACUCGAAUUUUUCUAUCGAUAAAUUUCAAUCGAAUGUUACUUACUCGUGAACGACGUAGCGUCAAUUUACAUGUAUAAAUACUAACAGGAAAUUUACGAGUAGAAGCUAAUAAAAUCGUGCAUCUAGGCGUCAGAGUUAACAAAAUGAUCGUUUCCACGAACGCUUGUAACCCAAUAUCCUCGAUUGCCUCUUUAUUGCUGGUAAUGGCACAUGAUUGCCGACCUACCUCGUCAAAAAUGACUUAUUUUUGAUCGAGAACGUACACGUACACGGAGAUCUAGAAUUUGCGAGUACACGUUAGUGUUGUCACGACAAAAGACGGUUGCUCAUGAGCGCUACUUGUACCGUGACAAUUCCACAUGCAGCCGCAAUAAUUUUCGCGAUCAAACGGCACGUAGCAGCACCUGGUUUAAUAGUAUCGCCUGACAGUGACAAACGACCAACCUGCGAAAGGAACAGAGAAAUUAAUAGGUGUUGGUGUAUCGGUGUGCCCUGCGUCGCCACGCGUCGCUUCGUUUCGGCUAUCCUUGUGCCACGAACCGGCAACUUUUUCCAACAAUCGAUUCGAGGUAUAAGAAAAUUUGCAACGCUGCAUAAAAGUUGCUCGAUUUUUGCUCGUCUGUCGGGCAAAAAUGGAACGGAUCGCAGUUACAGUCUCGUUUGAAACGUGUCGGAGGAAGAAAGGAAAUUCUUCGGAUUCGUGUCAGUUGACAAAUUGCUGGAUUAUAGCGGUUCGUGCUAUCUAAUGUGCGUGGGAUCAGAAUAUAUCUUCUUUUUAUUAACCCAGAGGUUUUACGGAUUCCCACGAUUUUCUGUUUGUUCCUAUCGGUGAUGGGGGAUCGGAUGAACUGCUGCGACGGGAAUAUUUAUGAUACUUACUUUUGGGGGAAAGCUUGUUAAGUGCAUUAGACUGCAAAUAUUUGUCGAUAGUAACCUGAUUAGCCGCCGCUCGGUAGAAGAGCUACUACGUUUAGAUUUAUGAGCUAGAUAUGAUUAAAACGGAUAAAAAGGAACCUGUAUUUGACAAACGUUUCAUCGUUAAAUAUAAAUUGUCCAAAAUACAAUUUUAGUAAGAGGAUUAGCAAGAAGCAGUUAAACAGGAUUUUUUGCCUUUUCCAGAUUGAUAAACGCCGCACGGUAAUUUUUAUGUUUCACGCGCAUAUAAUAAGAGCGAAAGAAGUAAUUUUUUUUAAUUGGAUGAAACAGUGUUUGAAUUGCGAACGUAUAAAUAGGAUAAUCUAUGCAUGUAACUAAAAUAACAGAUAUUUCUCCGCGAUCAAGCGUUUUUUACAUUUCUGAACGUACAAAAGAUUUAGAAAUUUUUAAAAAAGAAUACCCAAGAUUAUAAUAUGGAAUUAAAGUAAAUUAAAUUUCACAUUCGUAGAACCCUUCGGAUUUUCUACAGCUCGUUCCUAAAAUUGCUUAUUUUCGAUUUGUUUGUAGCUAACAAAAUAUCAAAUAACGUUAUUCGAACCGUGUUUCGCUUCCAAUUAUACUCUUUUCUGUUUUCUACUUUGUAAUUGCUCAUUUCUGGAAGAUUUCUUUCGUAACAAAGUGAAUUUAAUCGAAAAUUAUUCUACGACUCGCGAAAUUUUUGCUUACGAACAUUUUACAUAAAAUUUCAUAGAAUUUCGUGGUCGUUUCGCGGGGCGAACAUUUUCGUAGCCGCUUUUGUCCCGUUUACGAUACACCGAGAUGAAUUUCUGCAUUUUUCGUGUAAUUUUCGUUUCGCAUAAUCUCCCAUUUUUAUUUUCUACGUGGAAAUAUUUGGUUUCGUUGUUUCCAAAACGAUCUUUUCUGUGUCGUUUGAAUUGCAAAGAUACGAUAAGUUUGCAUACUGGCAUCGAUAAUAAAUUAUUUGCAGUUAAUAUUCGCAAACAAACAAAAUAACUUUGUCUUUCUCGUUGUGCGACGUAUAUUUAAUUGCGAAAAGGUUUAUUACAACGUUGAUGAACUUUUUAAUCACUUGCGCGCUAUUUGUACAUAGUGCAAGACAACUGCCGUAUUCAAAGUGCGCUUUGUAACUUUAUUUCGAAGUUAAUUACGCGCUUUUCUUUGUGAAAUAAGUCUGUUGCGUUGAUGUUAAUUAAAAUUGUGUUUUAUUAAAGAGACUCUUUCGGUAAAUUUCUGUCGUAAAUAAGCUUGAAAUUCAUAGGCUGUGUCAUCGUGUGAACAUUUGAAGAACGAUUAAAAUUAUAGAUCAAAACCUUAUUCCACUUACACAUUACGAGACAAGAUAAACGUCGAAUACGACAAUGAUGACAAGAAAAAGCAGGAGUCUAUCUAAUGAGACAAGCAAAAUAACAAUGUGCAUAUGGAAGCAAAUGAGAGGGGAGACUAUCGUGCGAGUAAAGGAGAUGGUAUAAAAGGCAGCCUGUUGUAACAAGUAGAAUAGGAAACUAUCUGACGGACAAGUAGAACGCGAGUACGCUCGAAGAUAAAGUUAAAAUGAAAUAUUUCCUUAUUACGUCUAAAUGGUAAAUAAAAUUUAUUUUAUAUAUAUAUCAAUCGUAUCGCAUAUUAAUUUUGCAUAAUUUAUUUUUUGUAUACAUAUAUCGAUAAAUUUGUUACAUGUACAUAGCUUUCUUUCUUAUUUUGAAUCAUCGAACGUGCUGACGAAGAUCGUGCAAACAUUUAUUUCAUAUGCGAUACGGAAAGUUUUACAUUCGUUGAUUGACAUUACAUAUCGUCGUGAAACGUAAAUGACGUUCGAUCGACAAAUUCAUGAAACCGAUCCGAAAAGAAGCACGAGUUCCCUAGCAUCGAGAAUAACGUUGUCAGAACAUCAGUUUAGCGUCCAUCGCGCUUGCAACGAUAUGCCAGUAUCGUUGAUGGGAAAGUCGAGAAAUUCGAAAGUACAGCAGGUCGAGUAAAAUUUUACUCGGCAGUACGCGCGUAUAUCAGUGGUACGAGAGUAUGGGAACGCGUUAUUUCGCUUAUCCUCAACAUGCAUUUUAUCAAGCGUAAACACGAGUCGCGAAUAAUUGGAAACGUUUAUGCUGCUGGAAGUUGUGAACAACGCAACGUGGUCUUCGCGGAUUCUUGGAUAAGAAGCAACAUAUUUCCCAUGCUCCAGGAUCCACCGUGACCCGAAUAUUACGACAAAACCUCACGGCACGGUAUUCCCUUCGAAUACCGGAAGCUAGAGUUGGUGCUUUUCUUUUGGCUUGCGUUCGCUCGAAUUUCCAGCAGACAAAUAUUUAGAACUCCACCGAAACGAUGGUUCCCUUAAAGUCCGUCGAUCGACUAGUAGCAAACUCGACGAAACGCAACGCGCACGUCCAGUUCGUUAGAAGUUUUUCCUAAUUUUACGAAAUUCUCGAGUUUAAUGAUACGCACGUCGAGAUGAUCGGUCGAAAUACGUCAAUGGUUUCUCAGACAAAUUUUAUCAAUGUUCUACCUGCUUUCGUCGUUCGAUUGCUCGCAACCGUUUCUAUAUGUACGUUCCCCGCGAUAAAAAUAUUUCCAGCGUUCAUUGCAAGUAAUAAUUUCCAUUUUCGAGUAAUUAUAAUUUUGUAAUCGUCUUCCAAAUAUUUCUAUCGAUUGUUCAAAAGUUUCCCGUAAUUUGUCCGCUUUCGUAACUCCUUGUCGCUAACUAAAAUUAUUACAUAUGUAUUUUGAAUCGUAAAACCUGUACACUUCUACACGCGGUAUGUUAAAGUAGCGAAACAAAAAUUGCAAUUUUUUUUACAAAAUCUCGGCCAGAAAAAACAUUUUUCAAAUCACAAUAUAUCAGGAUAGAGACAAAAGAGAGAGGAGUUCGGGAGGGUGGGGCGAGUGUUCCUCCGAUAAAUAUUUACUGAGCUGUAAAAUCGCAGUGAAAAGAUAGAAAACAGUUUGAACGUGGACGUCGCGCAUCGUUCGAACAAUCAGAGCUCUGUUACGUUCCGCUUCACCGACGUAAAAUUUAUCCACAGAUCCCUGAAAAAGUAUCCGCGCGAGAAAGAAACGAAUUCCAUUUGUCUGGCACUCGUUCAUUCCAAUAUUCCACAGUUCGAAUCGAGUCGACCGGUUCUCCAUCGAAUCCGAGCCGAAUUCGGGGAUAUACGAGAGACCAGAGUUACCCAACACCCAGUUUACCGUGGCAGACCGUUGAUCUCGGAUCGACACACGAGACCAUCACAUAUCCGUGUACGUAUAAUAGACUAGAUAAGUUCUAGUGCUAGGCACACUGCCGCUCGUCUGCAACGAGUGAUCCGCGCGAGUUUUCGAAUCGUCGCGUUUCCCGACUUCGAGUUUCCCGACGGACCGACUAGUUGGACUGAAACGAAGUCGUAUUUUACGAGGGGGAAAAAGACAUCGAAAACGAUAACGACAGCUCGCCACGCCGCGCCGCCAUGUCCGCUAUUAAUUUUACAAUGUUCUUGAUGUUACACUCGAUGCGAUUUCGCCAGCGCUAACGCAGCGGACACGAGCAGCGGCAGACUUGAAACGCUUUGAAUCGAUUGAAUUCGAAGUAGAGAGCGCUUUGAAAUAUUGCUCGGAAUUAAGAAGAUUAGAAAUAUCGAAAGAUUUUCAAUACAUCGUUUAUACGAAUAAACGUUGGAUCGUACGCCAUUUAUUUUAAACAAUUUGCGUUUUACUUAACUCAUCGAGGAAAAGUAAAAUUACAAGAUGGAUAGCGGAGUACGUUCUUGUAUAUAGCCUACCCUCGCUGCGAAAAUUCGUGCAAACUUUUCAAGUAAAAGCGGUUUUUCGUGCAGACGAAUUUUAAAGAAAAUCUUCCGAGUAUUUCAAUUUUCAUAAAUCUGUACUUGAAAAUAUCGAACAAUAGCCGGAUAUCGAUUAAAAUAUAUAAUUUCGAGCAAGAUUCGAAGCUUUUCGAUGUUUUGUAGCACCGCACCGGUUGAAAUUUAUUUCACGAGCAGACCUGAAUCCGAUGCCCAUCGCUAAAGCCGACCGCACAGUAAACUGGUUCAUUGUGUUCAUCUGAGGUCGGGGAAACUCUACUUCAACGUGUUGGCGUACGGCGUACACCGGCACCGGCUCCGCGUCUCUCAGUGAGUUUAUACUGGGACUUCCGCCGCUCGAGCAUCCGGAUUAACGAGUCGAAGGUCCAACUGAUUGAUUCCGAAUACAGGAACACCGUAUAAAUGCGAAGUCAGUGUGUGAAUGAGUAAUUAUCUGUAAAAUUUGUACACGAGGGUAAUUAAUCGUCAACAUUUUACGGCUCUAUCAUGAAAACUUGAAAAACCGAAUGACGUUGCGCUUUCGAAACUGCAUUAUUUCUUUCUUUCUUAUGCAAAUAGAAACGAAAUGGACAAUUUUUAUUGCUCUUCGAUAUAGUGAUUCGAUCAAGCAUCGAUAAUAACGAUAUGAUUUAUUACUUUUUUUUUUUUUUUUAGCAAACUUUGAUAUUCGAGGUGUGGAAAUAUUAUUCGGAUAUUAUUUGUUCGUCUGAAUCGCCUUCCCGUUUGUGAAAAUAAUCGAUGACCUACAAUACGGAUCGUUGUAUUAGAAUGUCUCAUAAAAUAUCGUGCGAUCGCUUUACUUUUCGUCGCUUUGAAACCCCCUGCGUAAAUAACGCGUAUCGAAGUAUCGUUCGAAAAAGACCUUUGUACGCUGAUUACGAUAUUUUUCACCUGUUUAUUCGUCACGGCUUAACGAACAAAAGUUUUGAAAUGCACGAUAUUCUCUGCGACAUGGUAAUAUCUGUGCGUUUGAAAAUUAUCCGAUUCACCAAGUUAUAUUUACGUAUGUACUAUACUGGCAGACGGUAUAAUUUUGUAUUUUUCUAAUAAGAUACACUUAGCGAUAUUAAUUUACCGAUGGCAUAAAUAUUUUCACAAAUUUUUGUGCCAACAAACACUAUGCGAUAGUCUCGUCUUUGCGCUCUCAUUCUCACCCUCUCUCUAUAUCUAUCUAUCUCUUUCUCUCCGUACAACUCGGAUUGUUUGCGUAUGGAUAGGUGAUUUUUCUACGAUAUCAGCUGUUUCUACAAUUCAUGGAAACCGCUGUAAUUUUCAAUCCAUUUUGUUUCUUGUAUAUUCAGUUCCACUAACAUUUUACGUAAACAAUCGAAGCUGUUUGACGUAGUCCGUAAUUGGUAUGGCGAACACGUAAAGUUACGUGAUCAGCUUGAAUAUUGACGAACGUAAAUACACAAGAUUGAUUGCACGUUGUUGUAUGAAAAAACGAUGAUAAAAUUCACAGCAGAGAGUUUCAAGGAAAGCAGAUAAAAUCUUUAGUUUCUGAUAACUUUCGUUUGUCUAUUUAAUAUGUACAUACUAUCGGUAGUCGAUUUGUUACGUGUUAAAUUGUUUAAUCACUGCCAUUAGCUGCCACGUAUAUAUGUACAUGUAUAAAGCACGUUCAGUGUACGAUACUUGAUAGAAGUUCUAAAAGAAGAUAUAUCUCCACAUGCCGACUAAUUACGUUACUUUCGAUUAACAUUUUGUACUAACGUUCAUCCUUUUAGAACAAUAAUAACGCGUCAUCUAAUGUACGAACUUAAUAAAUAAGAAAUGUACGAUAAUUAUCAUCGCAUCAUCGUGAAAAUAUGUUAACUGUUACUAAACACGAAGUUUGUUGCAGAUGUAAAGAAUGUCCAUUCGUAAGACCGUAUGUGUUGUAGCGGGAAUGUAAUAAAAAGUAUGUAUUACGAAAAA